UGCGUGGGCAACCGCAUGACGUGAAUAGAGCCGCGAUGCGCUUGCGUCGACUGCCCCGCUGACCGACAGACCGACAGUCGGGCGCGAGCAAGACCAAAAUAUCAUUGUUGUUGACUUCUACCAGUACUAAUUGAUGGAAAACUAUGGUGUUAGCAGAUAAAUACAGUGGAAGAACCAGUUAAAACCUUUCAAUGAAACACACGUACGUCCUUAAACUUUGGUAUAUAUUUCCGAACAAGUGAAUAUAUGUACAAUGUGUCAAGUCAAGCCCAUAGUGUGACCGAUUACUAAAACUAUAUCUAGACAGUAUAACACUAAUUACUGCCUACUCAAAGAGACUAAUAUUUAUGUCGUGUUAUAAAAUACGGUCACUUUCUUGAAAGGCAUUUACGUUUUGCACUUGUUGUGUAUUAGAAUUAAUCGGGUUUAUUCGGAUCGUGAAGUGUAGUAUUUAUAAAGGCUGUUUUCCACCGCCUUCGGAGCGCACACAUUAUUGACACCAUUUACCUCGCAAUGUAGAAAUGCAUACAUCGGUUUCUACCAACAAAGAGUCGAGCGAAAAUUACUAAGAAGGCAAAAAGAGUAAAAAUGAGCUAGUAAGAUCGGAACUUCUCGGAGGAAAAGCAAUCUUAGUUUAUAAAUAAAUAUACGCCGAGACCAUCCCUAGUUCAUUCCUCUUUAGUUGUGGAAAACAGGCUUAAUGAUUAUGAGGGAGCUACAUUUAUCCACAAACUAUAUAGUGAUGCUAGCGCAUCUUUUAUCUAAUAUGACACAAAUAUUGUAGAGCGAACUAUGGUUUGUUAGUGUAUACUUAAAUUGUUGAGCAUUCGUGCUGUGCAGAAGCGAAGUGAAAACACCUAGACGACCACACAGAAAUAAUUUGAUUACAGUGAUUAUGAGUGUUAAAUGUGGUGACUCUUUUUUUUACAUCAUUUAAGAUUUUGGAUACCGGUUUCACCUGUAUACCGUAAUCGUUGGAGAGUCUAGCACAACGUCCUGCAGUUGAUGUAUAGAGAACGCCUACGGCAUUAAAUCUGCUAUUGUACAUUUGUGCAUGAAGAAUAAAAUAAAUAGAACUUUCAUGUGAACAUUCAUGUACGAGCAAGCGCGUAAAUUGCCGACGCAGCGUUUCUUUAUUGAGCUAAUUUACGUAUAAUUCAUAAUUUCGUUCGCAUUCCGUCAUCAGUCAUACCACGCGUCCUCAUUUGUUUAAUCAGUUUAUAGUUAAUCAAAUAUAUCCUAGUUUCAAAGUUAUUUACAGUUUUAUUAUUUCAUUAGUUUUAUCAGUUUUUAUGUUACGGGCUCCCCGUACAAUUCACAUGAAAGUUAGGAGGGCGAAUUAUUGUGGAAAUGUCAUCAUCGUGCACGUCGGACGAGGAGUGUACGGAUUGCUCGACGGACAGUCGGGAAGAGAGCUCGUUAAGCCGGUGGCAGGCGGUGGAUAGUGGUUUGACGCAGGCGGUGCUGGGGUUGGUGUUCGCGUGGCUGGAGGGUGCUUCGUUGGCGCGCGCGGGCGCCGCGUGCCGCGCGUGGCGCGCCGCCGCCGCAUGCCCCACGCUCUGGCGCCGCCUGCUGCGCCCGUGCCCCACCAGACCCACAGGUUGCGUAUCGUGGCGCGAGGAGUACGUGCGGGUCCAUGCGGGCUGGGAACUGCGCGCGCGUUUGUCGGGCGGGAGAGGGGGCGCGGGGGAAUCCUUCCUGCACGCCGCGCUCGCGCCCACUGGCUGCAGGCUAGCGCUCACUACCACCGACGCGAACAUACUGAUAUGGGAGUUGGAUGCAGAGGAGAUGUGGCGUGAGGUGUGGAGUGUUAGCCUCCGAGCACGCGGGUGGGAGAGCGCGGAGCGCGCGGAGUGGGCGCGCGCCGGGCGUCGGCUUCUAGUGGCUGGGCCCGUCGCGCUCGCGCAGCGGUGGGAGCUCAUAGUGCUGGACGAGUCGGACGGUGGUUGGAGCGUGGCGAGCCGCGCGUCGUGCGGGGGGGGCGCGGCGGGGUGCUGGGCCACGCGCGCCGCCCGCGCCUACCUCGCGCUGACGCCGCGCCGACUCGCGCCCAGGCUGUGGAUCACCUCCGUCGCUAUCAACGCGGCCACGCAGGAAACCCAGUCAGAAUACGCAGGUGUCACAGCACCCCUCCUCCACAUCUUUAAUGAAGAAGAAGCAAGUAUAACGCACGUUGUCGUCGCAGAAGUACCACUCCAAGAUGCGUCUGCUUCUGAUGAUGAAUGUUCAAAUAGCGACAACGAAGAUUACGAUUCGGAUGGCGCGUAUGGUCUGGCGCGCGUGCUGUUGGCGGGGUUCGGCGGGGCGAUGGGAGCGGUGCGCGCGUGGGUGUUGUGCUCGCUGCAGCCGCCGCCGCUGCUGGCCGACGCGGGCGGGGCGGGCGACCUCCGCGCGCGGGCGACGAGCCGCCGCGCCGCCGCCGCGCGGGACGCGCCCGACCUCCGCGCGCGGGACCCGCCCGACCCGCCCGACCCGCCCGAGCCCAGCGAGCAGCAGGUGCGCGACAUGUGCACGCCGCCCGACGCCGAGUGCCGCUUCGACGGAACGCUGAUAGGACUCACCGUGCAGCAUGAUGGUCGCGCGGUGUGGUCGUGGUCGUCGGUGGGCGCGCUGAGCGCGUGGUCGCUGCCGCAGCUGCGCGCGCUGCGCACCCUGCACCCGCCCGCCGCCGCGCCGCGCCCCGCGCUACGCACCAAUGCCUUGCACUACGUGCAGCCGGCCAUCGGACAUACAUACUUGGCCACGCCCGAGGGAGCGCUGUCGGGGCGCGUGUGGGUGUGGGGCGCGGGCAGCGGGUCGGCGCAUCCCGCCCCCCUCCCGCACGCCGCGCCCGCGCUACUAGCCGCCUUCCCGCGCACCCAGGAACACACGAUGCUGGUGCUCGCUACGGAUUACCUCUAUGUAUGGAGAAGCAAAGCGACACCCCAGACUUCUGACUGCAGCGUGCAAGAAUUGGAUUAACGAUAAAUUCAAUCGACACAUUAUAUUUUGAAAAGAUAUAAAGGGUUAAGUUAAUUGAAAAACGAUUGCAUUCAAAAUGCUUAUGUAGACAGAGACGCGGGUGAAACUACAUGCUGGCUGAAACGACGGUAUAGACAAAGAACUAAAAACCCUAUUGAUAAGAAAAAGUUACAGUCAUCUAGUAGACCGCGUCCGGUUACGCAGCGCGGCCAUCUUGAAUCAGUCGCGAGCACUCGUACACACACACGGACGCUCCAGCACCUGGGGGCCGAACACAUGGCGCUUCGCAACACUAUCGGAUCUUAUGCAAGACUACAGCUGCGUUCCAGCCGAGGCACGGCACUGUCGCGAUGGGCUCACGGGCAGAUAUCAUGCGGCAAGGAAGGCAGUGCAGCCCCGGAGUGUGCCCCGCCCCCGUGCCAGCGCGAGCCCCCGCCACCGUGUCGCGCGCGCCCCCCGCGCCGCCUCACCGCCACCCGCGUCGUGUGCUGCCCCCCGCCCGCCGGGGACCCGCCGCCCUGCAGCCCGCCCUGCGCGCCCCAAUCUCUCACCUGCGCCGACGCCUUACCCAAAAGUAAAAGAGCCGCGAGAGCGGCGACCUGCGGGCCGAAGAAGGAGUGCGGCCUGGAACUGGAUCGCGUCGCCCGUCGCCUGGCGAGGAUGGAGCGGCAACGCCGCCUCGAGUACGAGGAGGAGGUCGCGGCGAAGAAGGCGUGUCGCGAGCCGUUCCCCGCGCCCGUGGCCUACUCCCUGAGCUCGAUGCGGUCGUGUUGUCGCGCGACGGACGGACGCGACUACGCGUUGACUUGCCGCGCGCCCCCCCCGCCCGCCUGCGGCCCCGCGCGCACUCCGCCACCGCCGCAAUGCGUGGAGCUGGUGCGUGACAACGAGUGUCAGGUGCGCGCGCCCCACUACAUCGAUCCCUGCGCGCACACGCCCCGCACCAUCGUCCACAUCGACCGCAGCGGUCGCCCCGACUCUGCGCCCGAGGAGAACGCUCCGGCGAUCGAUCCGAAAACCCGAAAUUCGACCCGGAGCGAACCCGUCCGCGCCCCGGCCGCCCGGGCGAAAAGAUUCACGAAGCGCCUCAUGGAGAGCCUCAGUUUGUCGAAAGCUCCGGCUGCGACCUGCCCGCGGCGGACCUGCGACGCGGAGUGCGAGGGGGAGGGCGCGAAACGCGCGGGCGACUCCGGAUGGUGCUCCAGUAUGAAGCCGCCGCCCGCCGCCCCGCCCGCCUGCCGGGAGCCCUCGCCGACCGAGCUCCUCGCGAGGCGACCGCCGAACCGCUGCGGACCGAAGGAUUCGCGCCGCUUUCAUACGGCCGCUCGAACGGAUGCGAAGACCGAAGAUGGAAAAGCCCAGUCCGCGUCGCGGAUCAAAUCCGACGCGGAGAAGCUGGAGGAGGUCCUGAAGGACAGAGAGAAUUAUGCCGAAGCCGGUCGCGGGCGAAUCGUCGUCGGCGAGGACUCGACCGUAGACGAAGCGAACGAAACUGCCGGUUUGGAUAUUUGCAUCCCGCCGGGAGCGGAGAAACUGAGCGUCCGAGUUUCGCUAGACAAAGGGUGCGGCAAAAGAGCCUCGAAAUGUGAGACCACCGCGUCACGCAAAGGAAAGGAAAUCGAAAAAGUAUCCUCGAAGAAUACCGUUAAAAGUCCCCGUGGGACUACUUCCGCUCCUCCGUUAGCGGUUUCGCGCUGCCGCGGUACGGGCUCGGAGCUACCUGAAAAACGCGAGUCUUGGUUAUCGAUUAAAUCUUUGCUUUCCGGCUAUCGUAAAGGUGCCGAUGCAAAACGUCCAAAAAAAGACAGUGCUCACACAUCGACUUGUCCGACAAAAACGCAAAUUAAGUCAAGUUUCCAAACUUCCCCGUGCGAGCCCUCAGAUUCCUUCUCGUCGAGUAAAGACCUCCCUACCACGUCAUCCGCGUCGAGAAAAUCUCCCGUUCCACCAAUACCAUGCUAUCCUCCGUUUCCUUCUUCUGUACCAGAAAACCCUCAGCCCUGUAAAUCUCCAGCUGACACCUCACAUAAAGCUCCAAUAUCAUCUCCAUGCAAGCCAUCCCUUCCACCACCUCCUCCAAUGACAGACUGUCCUCCCUCUAAACCCAAAACAGACGAGCCUCUUUCUAAACCCAAGACAGACUGUCCUUCGAAUGCUACGACAGACUAUCCUCCUUCUAAAAUCAAUACAGGCUGUAAUCCCUAUAAAUCCAAGACAGACUGUCCUCCUUCUAAAGCCAAGACAGACAGCCCUCCUUGUAAAGCCAAGACAGACAGUCCUCCUUGUAAAGCCAAGACAGACUGUCCUCCAUAUAAAUCCAAGACAGACAGUCCUCCUUUUAUACCCAAGACAAACAGUACUCCGUCUAAAACUAACACAGACUAUCCCUCUAAAGCCAAGACAGACUGUCCUCCAUAUAAAUCCAAGACAGACAGUCCUCCUUUUAUACCCAAGACAAACAGUACUCCGUCUAAAACUAACACAGACUAUCCCUCUAAAGCCAAGACAGACUGCCCUCCGUCAAAACUUAAGGAUCCGUGCUCAACGAACAAAAUGAAAUUCCUGACUGAUAUAGAGUUGCAAUUACAAACAAUACUUUUGAAACGGUAAUUUACAUAAAUAUUAAGACUGUGUGUGUGUAUCAUUUGUGCACAAUAAAAUAUCUGAAA